AUGGCGAGCGGCCGAGGCGACCAUAUCGGCGCCCUCCCUGACAAUCUCCUCCACCACGUGCUCUCCUUCCUCCCCGCGCACUUAGCGGUGCGGACGUGCGUGCUCGCGCGCCGCUGGCUCCACCUCUGGAAAUCCGCCCCUGCCCUGCGCGUCACCGGCAUCAAGGGGUGCAACAACGCUGCACGCUUCGCCAACUUCGUCGACAACCUGCUCCUCCUCCGCGACCCCCGCGCCCGCCUCGAGUCCUUCGAGCUCGACCUCGACAAGCGCGACUUCGAUUUCGAGGCCUUCCUCCCCGCCUACGAGAGGCGAGUGAACCUGUUGUUCCGGCUCGCCUUCGCGUGCGGGCCCCUGGUGAAUCUAGCGCUGCGCACCACCAACGGCAUCUACAUCUCCCCGGAUGACUACGAGACUCUAUGGUUCGCCAAUGUCCCGCUCAUAUCCCAACACCUCAGGAAAUUGGAACUCAAGACGGUGUACGUGCGCAGCAGCACGCUCGAUUUCUCGGGGUGUCCCGCGCUGAUUCAUCUCAGGAUGGAAGACUGCGACAUUAAGGGGAAUAUCUCCUCUCCAUUCUUGAAGCAUCUCAGCAUUGUCGCUAGCUUUUUCCAGACUGAUCCUGUCCGCGCCCGGAUCUCUCUGCCGGUCCUUGUUUCACUGGAACUAACGGGUGUUUUGCGUAGGACUCCCGUACUGGAAAGUAUGCCACUGUUAGUUUCAGCAAUUGUUAGACUUGAGAUGGCUUGUCAUGAUAACUGUAGUAAAAAUGACUACGGAGAUUGUGAUGAUAGUAUGUGUUGGAAUUGUCAUGAUCCUACAACUGGCGCUGAUGAUUGGCGUGGUAAGUCUGUACUCUUAAAAGGAUUAUCGGAAGUUGCAGAGUUGGAGUUGUCAGUUGAGUCUCAAGUGUUUCUGUUCAUUGUCAACAGGGAUUUGAAAUUAUGCCCGACAUUUAGCAAGCUAAAGACUUUGUUGCUCAGCGAAUGGUGUCCAGACAUUGCUAGUGACCUCAACAUAUUAAGCUGCUUUCUCAAACAUUCACCAAUUCUCGAGAAGCUCACUCUCCAGAUUUCCAAGGUACCUAAAGAGCCAGCGGAAAUACAAACAAGUUACACUCCACCAGAGCAACCAUUUGCACUUAGCCAUCUGAAGAGUGUUGAUAUCAGAUUUGACGAAGUUGAUGGAAAGGUUUUGAACAUCUUGCAUGCCCACGGUGUACCACUCGAGAAAGUUAAAAUCCAGAGAAAUAAACUACUGGAUCUUAAUGUGAGUUAA